UAUAACUAACGCAACUUAUCACUGUGCUGUACUAUACUACUCGACUGGGCUAGACCUAUAUGAUUCAUGUGAUUCUGCUCCAGAUUCUGUAUCUGCCAAGAACAUGGACCAAGUCGAGGCAAAAAUGGACCAAGAUGGCUAUCCUGCAUUCCAUUUGAGCAAGCCUAGAUUCGAUCAGAGCACAUUUCUUGGACGAUAUCGUCACUUCUUGGAUAUUAUUGACCCAAGGACUCUAUUCGUUUCCAAGAAAAAGCUGAAUGAUUCAAUUGAGCUCCUUGCUGCAUAUAAGAAAGGAACUCUGCCUGAUGGGGUUACGAAUAAACAGCUCUGGGAGGCACAGAAAAUUAAACAGGCAAUAAUUCAUCCUGAUACAGGAGAAAAGGUUUUCAUGCCUUUCAGAAUGUCAGGAUUUGUUCCAUUUGGAUCACCCAUUGUUGUAGGCCUCUUACUACCAAACCAAACCCUUGCAUCCACUGUAUUCUGGCAAUGGUUUAACCAAAGUCACAAUGCUGGAGUUAACUAUGCAAAUAGAAAUGCUACUAAAGAGACUCCUAUGGCUAGUUUUAUCAUGGGAUAUGUAGGAGCUGUGUCAAGUGCCUGUUCAAUAGCAGUUGGUUUAAAUAUGUUUCUAAAGAGAAGCACCAAUGUCAGUCCAGCAAAACAGAUGAUCAUCCAACGAUUUGUGCCUUUCCCAGCUGUUGCCACAGCUAGUGUAUGCAAUGUAACUUUAAUGAGAUACAGUGAACUUCAGACAGGGAUUGAGGUAAUGGAUCAUAAUAAUCGAGUUGUUGGUACAUCCAAGGUGGCUGCUAAAAAGGCCCUUUUGGAGACAGCAAUGACCAGAGCGUUCCUUCCUGCUCCUAUUCUGUUAAUACCUCCCAUCGUCAUGACACUUAUUGAAAACAAGACGACAUUUCUGAAGCGUUAUCCUCGUCUGAAUCUACCUGUCCAGGCCAUCGUAGCCACAGCUUCUUUUGCCUUUGCCUUACCACUAGCCAUCAGUAUCUUUCCUCAGACCAGUCAUAUAUUAACUUCAAAACUUGAGCCGGAAAUCCAGGAAAUUUGCAAGGAAGCAACAGUGAAAUACAACAAAGGUCUAUGAAUGAUCAGUACUAAAGAAAGCCUGUAAUUCCUCCAACACAUUCCAGAGUUUAAUGAUAUUUCAACACACUUAGUAAAUUAUCACUGGUUUAAUGUUGUGGUUUAACUAUUGUAUUCUCACCCUGUGCCAUCUUACAGGAAGCAAAGGGCUUUGUUAACCCAUUUGACACUUAUAUUGUCCAAAAUUGUCUGGGAAUGAUACCUGAAGUAUUUUUCUUCAUUAUGAAAGCAAAAGGAAACUUAAUAGUAAACAUAAGAAAUAUUUGAAAUAACCAGAAUUUUUUAAUUUUGGCUCCCCAUAAUUUUAGUAGAGAGUUAGACCGUUGUCUAAGUAAACUUGACUUCAGAAUACGGCCCCUUGAGUGAUGUAUGUCAAAGGUUUGUUUUAGUGAAGGGAGUUCUUAAGAACAAACAAGAUCUAUUGAUAUUCUACACCCACGGCCCAUUUAUCACAAAUAUGAUCAAUUUAUACUUUGAAUCACAAGGAUAGCAUUUUUUUUUGUCAUCUGAUGAGAG